UUUAACUUACAAGGGGAAAACUGGGAUGGAAGGACCCCAGUCUAAUCUCAGUGCUCCCAGUUUGAUCCCUGAGGGACUCCCACUGCCUUUAUUUGGACCUCUGGUAAGAUCCUGGUGCUUUUCUUUGGAUCCCUGAGGGAAUCCUGCUCCACAUUUCCCAACAUUUCGAAACCCCCCCGCCAUUUCCCCUCACGGCUGCCACCAUCUUGCCCCAUGAUGUCACUGUGACACAUCCUCUCUAAUUCCCUCCCGCCACCUAAUUCGUCUCCGCCAACGUUGUGACCCCCGUGAUCUUCCUGGGCCUCACUCACUGACCCCUGGCCUUGCCCUGGUGGCUCCGGGAUGCUCCGAAGCGGCGGGGCCAAGCCCGAGCCCUCACUCAGCUCCUCACUGCCAUCGUGGCCCUGCUCCCACCAUUUUUUACCGCGUGCUUCCUCCCUCCCUUCCUCCUUCUCCUCUCUGCCACCGCGCAUGCGCGGAGUGCGCAAAACUACGCCUCCCAUCAACCCCCUUGCUAAAAACCAGAAAUGAGGCAGGGCGUUAUGGAUGCUGACCAAUCAGCUCAAAGGGGGCAUGGGAGUGGCAGCGGCACCACCCAAUCGGAGCAGAGUGAUGGCGGCAGCAGUGCUGUGUGUGGUGGGUGUGGCACUGUCCCUGUACACGCUGCACGUGGAGGACGAGGCCAUGCGGGACCCGAUGUGCUGAGCUGCCUGCAACCUGGUGCCCUCCGUGUCCUGCACCCGCGUGUUCUCCUCCCGGUGGGGACGUGGCCUGGGGCUGAUGGAGCCAGUGCUGGGCAAGGAGAGCACCCUGAACGUGCCCAAUGGGGCCAUCGGGCUCCUCUUCUACCUGCUGCAGGGGCUGCUGAGUGUAUCCCAGAGCCAGGCGGCCUCGGUGACGCUGCUGGGGACCUCGGUGGCCUUGGUGGCGGCAUCACUCUGGCUCGUGGGGGUGCUGCUCUUCGGCCUCCGGGACCAGUGCCUCAUCUGCCUCAGCACCUACGGCCUCAACCUGGUGCUGCUGCGGAUCAACCUGCACCGCCGGUGCCGCCCCAAGAGCGACUGAGAGCCCCAAAACGGGGGAAAGCGACCUGGGACUGGGGGAAAGCGACACAGAAUUGGGGAAAAGCAACGCCGAAUUGGGGGAAAGUGACCUAAAAUCGGGGGAAAGUGGCCCAAAAAUUGGA